AUGGAAUCAAACCUCGAAUUCGGCGAGUCUCUUCUCAAGGGUUCCCAAAGAGAGAAGGUCCAGAAAGCGUCCAAGAUCAAAUCAACCGCUAUUUCUAUCAUCAUCGUCGUUCUUGUAUCUCUCAACACUCUCGUUGCAAAUCUACUUUACACAUCCCCCGUCCCGAAUAACGGCACCGCCUGGAUCCCUAACUUCGCUGUCAAACAUACCUGUCGUGACUUUUGGAAGAUCCACGAGUGGGUGGCGCAGUAUAACACCUCUGGGUGGACGAUCGAAGGGCAUCCUAACCAGGGACGGCUUUUGGCGGAGUAG